GACUCCGGUCCAACAGGGGGCGCUGUGGCGGCCCGAGGUGUUCGGAAACUCGACCGCUGGUGUUGCGCAGGAGCUAAUAGCUGUUAGCAUCCUGCGUUUGUUUUUCUUCACGCUAAAACAAACAAACUUUAUAUUUUCAUCUGCUCGGACACAAAGUCGUCGCUGAGAUGCCUGAAUCUGAGAGUUACUCCAACCCUCUGGCUCCUGAUGGCCACGAAGUGGACGACCACAGAGCCGCCGCUCAGUCGAAGCUGACCAAUGACGACUUCCGGAAGUUGCUGAUGACACCGCGGGCCACGCCCUCCUCUGCCCCGCCCUCCAAAUCCAGACACCAUGAAAUGCCAAGGGACUACAAUGAGGACGAGGAUCCUGCAGCGAGGAGGAGGAAGAAAAAAAGUUACUAUGCCAAGCUCCGGCAGCAGGAGAUGGAGCGAGAGAGAGAGCUGGCUGAGAAAUACCGCGAUCGAGCCAGGGAGAGACGCGACGGUGUGAACAAAGACUAUGAGGAGACGGAGCUGAUCAGCACCACCGCCAACUACCGAGCUGUUGGACCCACUGCUGAGGCCGAUAAAUCGGCUGCAGAAAAACGUCGUCAGCUGAUCCAGGAAUCCAAGUUUCUGGGUGGUGACAUGGAGCACACUCACUUGGUGAAGGGUCUGGACUUCGCCCUGCUGCAGAAGGUGAGAGCUGAAAUCACCAGCAAAGAAAAAGAAGAAGAAGACUUGAUGGAGAAAGUCCAGAAAGAGGCCAAGAAAGACUUGGAGCCAGAGGAGAAGAUUGAGUUCAAGACUCGCCUGGGUCGGAACAUCUACCGGGUGGUGUUCAGGGCCGGGCUGGCGGAGCGGAACGAGCUCUUCCUGCCCGGGAGGAUGGCGUACGUGGUGGAUCUGGAUGAUGAGUUCACUGACACCGACAUCCCAACAACACUGAUCCGCAGCAAGGCGGACUGUCCCAGCAUGGAGGCUCAAACCACUUUGACCACCAAUGACAUCGUCAUCUCCAAGCUGACGCAGAUCCUGUCCUACCUCAGGCAGGGAACGCGCCACAAGAAGAUCAAGAAGAAGGACAAAGGAAAAUUAGAUGACAAAAGAGCCCCUGAGGCGGAUCUCAGCAUCUUUGAUGACAUCGGAGAUUACAUCCCGUCCAACAACCCCUCCUCCAAACCAUCCAAGGACAAAGAGCGACACCGAGACCGUGAGAGGGACCGAGAGCGAGACAGAGAGCGGGAGGACGACGCCAAGAGGAGACACACGUACUUUGAGAAACCACGCGGAGACGAAGUCCAGGCUGUGGAGGUGGAUGCGGGUCCGGGUUCGGUACGAGAUCAGAUAAAGAUGAUCAAUGAGAAGUUUGCAGGCUCCGCUGGCAGCCAGUGGCAGAACCAGGAGUCAGCCAGUCAGAGGAGAGACGGCAGCAAGGAGCAGCUGGGAGACUUCUUUGGUGGAUCCAACUCUUACGCCGAGUGCUACCCUGCUACGUUGGACGAUCUGGCUGUGGACAGUGACGAGGAGGUUGACUACAGUAAGAUGGACCAGGGGAAUAAGAAGGGUCCUCUGGGUCGGUGGGACUUUGACACUCAGGAGGAGUACUCAGACUACAUGAACAACAAGGAGGCGUUACCAAAGGCCGCCUUCCAGUACGGUAUCAAGAUGUCUGAGGGCAGGAAGACGCGCCGCUUCAAGGAGACCAACGAGAAGGCGGAGCUUGACCGGCAGUGGAAGAAGAUCAGCGCGAUCAUCGAGAAGAGGAAGAAGCUGGAGGCCGAUGGCGUCGACGUGAAGAGGCCAAAAUACUGAAGCUUCAGUCUUUCUCUGCUCAUCUCCUUUUGUCCUUCCUCUUUUUCUUCCUUGUCCACUUAGAC